GACCCAUCAUGACUUCCUCUCAGCAUAUGGGGAGUCCUCCACCACCUCAUUCGAACGGCGAGGACAGGGAGAGGAUGCUCAGAGAUCGUCUCAUGAAGGCUCGAGGCGAAGCAGAGCGCACUAGCAGCAGCGGCAAUGGCAAGAGGGCAUCACCAUCCCCUUCAGCCUAUCGUGGUGACUACAGCCAAGGCAGGGAGCAUGACCGGUACCCACGGCGCCCUUCGCCGACAUACGACUCUUAUCGUGGAAACGCAUAUACAGCGCCUGGUCCGCCUCCAAGGAGAGAUGACUAUGAGAGGUAUCCCGCCAGCCGCCAGGAAGACUACCACCAGAGACCACCGCCGCCACACUGGGAUCGACAACCCCCCCGUGGUGAUCGUCCAUACGAUGACCGUCCUCCCAUCCCAUAUCAUCAGUCCUACCCUCGCGAAGAGUACGGCGCUCCUCCCCCCGGCGUGUGGGGAAGGCGAGGUCCUAGGGAGGAACGAGGAGGCGAAGGUGGGGAAGGCGUAGCACCACGACAUGCACCAGGGGGAUCUUACGGCCCCAGCGCCGGUGGAGGUGACUUCUUCUCUAGCCGCAACGAGCAGAGAAAGCAUUCUACUCUUUCCAUUUGGCCGCCUUCUCCCAAGUCACCUUACCGGUCCGACUCGGAUGACGGAGGCAGGAAGAGGAAGAAAAGCAAGUCGAAGCACUCGUCGUCGCGAUCGAAGCGUGACAAAUCCUCACAUCGUUCUCAUCGUCGUCAUUCUAGUCACAAAAGACGCUACGAAGACAGCGAGGAAGAUUCCGACUCAGAGUACGAGCGGGAGAGGAGGCGGCGAAGGAGGGAAAAGGAGAGACGAAGGGAUGGGGACCGAAGCGAAGGCAGAGAUCGGGAGAGGCGGCAUCGCGCCUCUCGCUCCCAAGAUCCUCGGAAUUCGGAUGAAGAGCGUAAGACAGAGGGAGCAGAGCGGUCGGGAAGCAGGGAUCGUCAGAUCCGCCGCAGGAGGCGCUCCCGAUCUCGCUCAACCAGCAGAAGCAGCAGCGAGGAAGCUGAAGCAAAGCGCGGCCCCACUGUUACCUCAAAUGCUCAUGGUCUGCAAGUAGGUGAGGCUGCAAAGCUCGCUCAAGAUGCUUCGGAUGACGAUGAGAUAGGACCGAAGCUUCCCCUUACUGCCGAUGGUAAAGUCGUUGAUCCUAGAGCUUACGGAGGUGCUCUUCUGCCUGGAGAAGGUUCCGCCAUGGCUGCGUUCCUUCAAGAAGGCCAACGUAUCCCCCGACGAGGAGAGAUCGGUCUCUCGUCGGAUCAGAUCGAAGACUACGAGAAGGUUGGCUACGUCAUGUCGGGAUCUCGUCAUGCCAGGAUGAAUGCAGUGAGGAUGAGAAAGGAGAACCAGGUGAUCAGUGCAGAAGAGAAGAGGACUUUGCUGAAGAUGAGGAACGAGGAGAAGGAGAAGAAGGAGAGGGAGAUCGUUGGGCAGUUCAGAGAGUUGCUCGACACCAUGCAGCCCGGCGGGCACUGAGAUUGCCCCGAGUGAGAGCGACCAAAGGAUCUUUACAUGUAUACAUAGGGGUAUCAAAUAUCCACAUUCUCCAAUCACAGAGACUCAUCCUUAUCACGACUUCCUG